GAAAAUUUUUUGGUACACAUGAUGUCUAUUCACCAUUAUCCUGCACGUACAGCAUGGGUUAGGUGAGGGUAUUAUUGUAAAUAACUUACUAAUGUUAUGGGUCCAUAAAUUGCCCUGCCAAAGCCAUUCCUUCACUCACAUUCAAAUCACUCUCUGGACCAUUACAUACUCAUUAUCACCUUUCAAACAAUGGCGACCAAGAAAAGCAGAGUGCUGGUGAUCGGAGGCACUGGUUUCACAGGAAAAUUCAUGGUCGAAGGGAGCGUCAAAGCAGGAAACCCGACAUUCGCUCUUGUUCGAGAAGCUUCUCUUUCAGAUCCUGUCAAGGCCAAAACCGUACAGAGAUUUAAAGAUCUAGGCGUUACAAUACUACAUGGAGAUUUGAAUGAUCAUGAGAGCUUAGUGAAGGCCAUGAAACAGGUCGAUGUUGUGAUAUCAACAGUUGGGCGCGUACAACUGUUGGAUCAAACCAAGAUCAUUUCGGCUAUUAAAGAAGCCGGUAAUGUCAAGAGAUUCUUGCCUUCCGAGUUUGGAACAGACGUGGACAAGACAGGUGCGGUUGAGCCAGCAAAAUCAUUAGUUUUUGGAGCGAAGAGACGGAUCAGGAGAGCCGUAGAAGCAGAAGGAAUACCAUAUACUUACGUUGUUAACAACUGUGCCGCGGGUUUGUACUUGCGUACGUUGGUUCAGUUUCAGCCUGGUCUUACUUCUCCUCCUCGAGACAAAGUCACCAUUUUGGGCGACGGAAACGCCAAAGUUGUGUUCAACAAGGAGGGAGAUGUUGCUGCUUACAUGAUCAGAGCAGUGGAUGAUCCAAGGACUUUAAACAAAACCCUCUACAUCAGUCCUCCUAAGAACACUCUAUCAAUGAACGAACUUGUCGCCUUGUGGGAGAAAAAGAUUGGCAAGUCACUUGAGAAGACGUAUUUGUCAGAAGAACAAGUGCUCAAAACCAUCCAAGUGUCUCCGGUUGUUCCGGCGACUAUCCUUCUGUCGAUAAACCACUCGGUGUUUGUGAAGGGAGAUCAGACCAAUUUCACUAUAGAGCCUACGCUCGGUGUUGAAGCCUGUGAGCUUUACCCUGAUGUCAAGUACACGAGCAUUGAGGAGUAUCUCAGUCACUUCGCUUGAGAAAUUUAGCAAAACGCUUAAAUUAAAUUACCACGACUAUAACCUGAGUUUCAUAUUGCCACAAUAAAAUGUGAUUCUUUCUAAUGAUGAAGAAACGUGUACGUGUAUGCGUUGUUUGUGUCUUAUCAAAGAGUCAUACGAUCUUUUGUAA